GCUCCUUAAGUCAAUUGGGUCAUGACAAAUGAUCCAAUCGACUACGGAGAAAAUAGGGCGAUUUGUGGGGUCAUGUCUCUUCCCCACACAGUUGGAUACACUAUAAAGAAGGCUAGUGACUAACAUGGAUUUUCAUCCACAGGCACUUGCUGGGUUUUGCGUUAUGGGGAAGCAUGGUCUGGCUACCUGGUUGGUCAUCCUUCUCAACUUCGCUACACUUCUCACUUCUCUUGCUUGUUCCUACUGCCCAUCCCCAACUCCUCCUAAACCACCCAAGGUAAAGCACCCCCUUCCGCCUCUUCCACCUAAACAUCCUCCACAUGUCAAGCCACCGCAUACACCUAUGCCACCCAAGCCUCCUGCUGUAAAACCACCAUAUGUACCUAAUCCUCCAGUUGUGGAGCCGCCUUAUGUGCCCAAGCCUCCUGUUCUAAAUCCGCCUCAUGUGCCCAAACCUCCUAUUGUAAGGCCUCCUGUUGUAAAACCACCUUAUGUGCCCAAGCCACCAGUGGUUCAGCCCCCACCGCCACCAGUGGUUCAUCCCCCACCGCCACCAACACCGUGCCCACCACCACCACCCCCCAAGGGGAGGCCCCCACCACAAAAGAAGCCUCCUGUUCUAAAUCCGCCUCAUGUGCCCAAACCUCCUAUUGUAAGGCCUCCUGUUGUAAAACCACCUUAUGUGCCCAAGCCACCAGUGGUUCAGCCCCCACCGCCACCAGUGGUUCAUCCCCCACCGCCACCAACACCGUGCCCACCACCACCACCACCACCCAAGGGGAGGCCCCCACCACAACAGACAUGCCCCAUUGACACUCUGAAGCUAGGUGCAUGUGUGGAUUUGUUGGGAGGGCUUGUGCACAUUGGGAUAGGAAGUAGUGCUAAGGACACAUGCUGUCCAGUGCUGCAAGGGCUUGUGGACUUGGACGCUGCCGUCUGUCUUUGCACCGCCAUCAAAGUCAAGCUUCUUAACGUCAAUAUCAUCAUACCCAUUGCUCUUCAAGUCCUUGUUGGCUGUGGCAAGACUCCACCUUCAGGAUUCCAAUGCCCUGCCUAAGUGGAUGACGUAGUUUGGAAAGUGGAAGAGAAUAACACGUGACGAGUGAGAGGUUGAAGAAAGCCAUUAUAGUAGAAAAUGUGUCUUUAUGUGUUUUUGUAAUCUCUGUUGUACGCAUAUCAAAGGGUUGUAUCAUAUAUAUGCAUAAAUGCAUCAUCUCAUGCAUGUUUUUCCGUUCUGCAGGUGUUAUCAGUUAAAACUUUAACAUACUUCAUACCUUUGAAGUGGAUGGUUCUUUCUCAA